CAGCUCUGAGAAACCAGCGCAGGAAGGCCGCCGUGGCUGACGGAGAGAAGAUGGACGGGGAUUUUUUGUUAGCUCUCCGGCUGCAGGAACAGUACGAUCAAGAGGAGGCCCAGACUCAGCGGAAAUACCAAGAUGUCAACCCUAGCUCUCCCCGCGAAGUGUUACAUAAACCGGUUAUGGCAGUCACGGGGACAGCGAGAUCUAAGGAAAUGUCUGUGGUAGACCCGUCUUGGGAGAUGAUUGACCCAAACCCCGACAUACGGGCUUUGUUUUUGCAGUUCAACGAUAUGUUUUUUUGGAGUAAACUGUCCGGUGUGGAGGUGAAGUGGAGCCCUAGGAUGACUCUGUGUGCUGGGGUAUGUAGUUAUGAAGGAAGAGGAGGCUUAUGUUCUGUUCGGCUAAGUGAGCCACUUCUGAAAUUAAGACCAAGGAAAGACCUUGUGGAGACUUUGCUACAUGAGAUGAUUCAUGCACUUUUGUUCGUCACCCACAAUAAUAAAGACCAUGACUCGCAUGGCCCAGAAUUUUGCAAGCACAUGAAACGUAUUAACGACAUGACUGGUUCCAAAAUUUCGGUGUAUCACAGUUUCCACGAUGAAGUGGAUGAAUACAGAAAGCACUGGUGGCGAUGUGAUGGACCUUGUCAAAAUAGAAAACCGUAUUUUGGGUAUGUGAAACGAGCAAUGAACCGAGCACCAUCUUCUCUUGACCCUUGGUGGUCUGAGCACCAGCGCACCUGUGGAGGAAAGUAUAUCAAGAUCAAGGAACCAGAAAACUAUUCUCAGAAGGGGAAAGGAAAGGAUAAUGCCACAAAACCUCAAGCCAGCACAGAAACGAAUAAGAAAACUAGUAUGGCCAGCAAGGAACCCGAUGUGAAAACUAGUAAAAGUCAUGGAGUUGAUAUUCGUACAGUUAUCCCAUUUAGUGGCGUUGGAUAUAAACUUAAUGAUACCACUAAAACAGUCUCAGCAACACAAGUAAAGACUGUUAUUCCAUCUGCAGCUUCAAAGCCAUCUUUACCUACCACUUCUUCCACCAAUGCGGUUCCAAACAAUAAGGUUUUUAUUCCAAACACAACAAACAUCAACAAUCCUGCGACCUCCAAAAAACCUCAUGUGCCUAAAAUAUCUGUUGGUAAUGCUAAAGUGUUUAUAAAUGUAAAUGGAUCACCAGUAAGACUUCCAGUUAGUGGCAAUAAGGCAACUACAGGACAUAACCCAUGUAAUGGUAAGAGGGAGUUUCCUUCUAAUCUCAUACAGAAAAAAAUAUCAUUUGAAACGCCACAUUCAUCCAAGACUGCUCCUUCAUUCACCUCUCAGGGAUCAAGCAGUGGAAACGACUAUACUCAGCCAUCUAAAAGGCCUCGUGUGGAUAGCAAAGCAUUUGAAAACUUUUUUGUAAAAGCCCCUAAGAGUACAAGUAAAGAGAGUGAAUCGCUCCCAAAUAUUUUUAACCAUAUUGCAUCAACAAGCUCUAAUUCGAUGAGCCAGAGUGUGAAAGUCAAUUGUCCCAUCUGUCGAACUGAAGUUUAUGAAUCUAAGAUCAAUGACCAUUUAGACUCCUGUCUAGCAGCCUGCUAGAUGCAAUUUUAUGUAUCUCAAAGUUUUAUAUAAAGUUAUUUAUUAAUCGUGUAUCAUAUGUGUUUGUUGCUGUUGAUCAGGGUUUGCUUCAGAUUUUUUUCCUUUGUAUUAGUUGCUUAAAGGUACAGUCUACAAUAGAAUUAAUAUUUAAUAGAUAGAUAAUCCCUUUAUUACUCAUUCCCCAGAUUUGCAUAACCAACACUGUUAUAUUAAUACACGUUUUAUUCUGAUUACCUUGUAUUUAAGCCUCUGCAGACUGCCUCCUGAUCACAUGACUUUUUAUUAUCUAUUGACUUGCAUUUAGUACACUUGUGCUAAAUCUAAAAUAACUCCUGGGAUGUGAACACAAUGUUAUCUAUAUGGCCCACAUGAACUAGAAGUCUCCUGUUGUGAAAAGCAAAUAAAAAAGCAUGUGAUAAGAGGCUGUCUUUAGUGGCUUAGAUAUAUAUUAAUAUAACAAUGUUGGUUGUGCAAAGCUGGGGAAUGGGUAGUAAAGGCGUUAUCUAUCUUUUUAAACAAUAACCAUUUUAGUGUAGACUGUCCCAUUAAUGUGACAUUUUAGACAGUUUUUUUCUUUCUUUCAUACUGCAUAGAGAAUAAAAAAAAAUUGUGCUGAAAAACUUGCUUCCUCUUAGCCUUUUGAAGAAAACUGGUGCCCUGCCCAUGUCUGGUGUUAUCCACACACACAUGCGAAGUAUUCCUGUAUGCUUUUUACUCAGCACUUUCAGGGAAUAAUCCAAUCUAACUUCUCUUAAGUUCAAAUUUUUAGUUUGUCAUGGCUGACACCCCAGCUUCCUACAACUUAAAGGGACAUGAAACCUAAAUUGUUUGUUUAAUGAUUCAGGCAGCACAUGUCAUUUUAAAUAACUUUUCCAAUUGAUUUCUGUUUAAUUAGUUUUUUUCUCUGUGUAUCCUUUGUUGAAAAGUAUACCUAGGUAGGCUGGCUUAGAAGCUGCUCUCCCAGUAGUGCAUUGCUGCUCAUUCAACAAAGAAUACCAAGAGAAUUAAACAAAAUGGAUAAUAGAAGUAAAUUGGAAAGUUGUUUAACAUUGUAUGCUCUGUCUGAAUAAUGAAAGAAACAUUUUGAUUUUCAUAUCCCUUUAAGAUGAAAGUUUAAAGGUGUACAGUAAAGUAAAAAAUAAACAUUCAUGGUUUAGAUAGAACAUAUCAUUUUAAACCACUCCAAUUUACUGCUAUUAAAUUUGCUUUGUUCUCUUGGUAUCGUUUGUUGAAUAGGAAAUCUGUGUAAUCUCAUAAGAGCUCAGGAGUGUGCAUGUGUCUUUAGUUCUCUAUUGCCAUAGCGUUUUGCAACAUUGUAGCAGUUAUGAGAUUACAUAGAUUUACUAUUCAAUAAAGGAUACCAAGAGAACUAAGCAAAUUUGAUAAUAGAAGUAAAUUGGAAAGUUGUUUAAAAUUGCAAGUUCUAUUUGAAUCAUGAAAAGUUUAAUUUUGACUUUACUGUCCCUUUAAGUGUGUGACAAUUUUUCUGGGAAGCAGGUAACAUUUACAUAUAGUUAUGCUUAUUUUACCAAAGUAGAUUUAUCUACACCAUGGGGAAAGUUUUAACUUCCAGGAUUUAUUUAAAAAAAAAAAAAAGUGAUCUUUAUAUGAUAGAAAGUAUUUUUAAUAUUUUGUACAAGUUAACAAGGCACAGGUGUUUUUGUUGUCUUGAGUUUUAAAAGUGCCUUUCUAUAAGGUCUACAUGCUUUUGGGAUAUUCUAGUAUAAAUAUUUAUGGUGCUAGAUAUUUUCAAUCUAGUUUAUUUAAAAAGGCCACCCUUUCUGUUUUAUUGAGAUUGCUUCAAGAUUUUUAUAAGUGCCAGGAGGUAUUCAGACCUGCUGCGUACCAGUCAACUCUUAAAUUGUGUUUAUACGGAAUGCAUAAGGAGCUGAUCUCAGAGUAAAGAAUACAUUUCUAAAUAAAACCUACUGUACUGUAAAAGUGUAUUGAUCUUAAGGCUAGGGCCAUAAUGUUUUACUAGAAUAUUUUCCUGGUAUGAAACAAGCUAGGUUCUUUUUUCUGUGUGGGGUUUUAGAAAAACACUUUUUUUUUAAAAAUGUCCUUAAUUUGUAAAGCAAAAAUAAUAAAAGAUUUAAUAUUGA